CCUCAGGUGCUGCUGGUAUUGAGACCAAUAGUCAGUUCCCUAUAGUACCUGAUCAUUCUGAUGAUAAAAGCAAUGAGAGUGGGAACAACACUGAUACGAAUCAUCCUGAAUCAGAGAUGCCACAGAAAAUUGAAGAGCCAGGGGUUAAACCAACUACAAAUGAUUCCUCCUUACAGAUCAGUGAGUCCAAUGAUGAUCAACAGAAAGAGCCAACAACACCAAAGGACAAAACUUACCCACCAACUCAGACCACCAGUGAGUCCAAUGAUGAUCAACAUAAAGAGCCAGGAAUUCAAGAGGUCAAACCAACUACAAUUGAUUCCCCCACACAGAUCAGUGAGUCCAAUGAUGAUCAACAGAAAGAGCCAACAACUCCAAAGCGGGACAAAAGUUACUCACCAACUGAAACCAGUGAGCCCAAUGAUGAUCAACAGAAAGGUAUAA